AUGAAGAGAAAAAAAGUUGUCAAAUUGAAGGAGGAAUAUAUACCUAAAGGAAAUUAUUUUAGUAAGGAUGCAUUGCUAACAAACAUUUUUAUGCAAAAUGGUGAUAAGGGGGUAUCAGAAAUUGAGUCCAAUAAUUCUCAAUUAAUAGUUAAUUGCAUAAACAAAUUGCACAAGAAAAAUCUUCAAACAAAGUUGAAGGCUAUAAAUGAACUGAUUCUGCAUCUGAGCAAAUAUGAAGAUGAUGAAGUUAGCCAUCUCUUUUCCUCCUUUACAAGCGUUUAUAAAAAAUUGAUAUAUCACCCGAAUUAUGGAUUAAGAGAAUACUUAAACGUGUGCUUAAAAUUGUUCAUACAAAAAAUCAAAACAAAAAUAAAACCCCAUCUCAGCGUAUUUCUACCACCCCUCUUCGUGUCUCUCUUUGAUCAUAACAAAAAUGUAAAAAAAAUCGCAGGAGAAAUUUUACAGACCAUUUUCCCACUUAAGGGAGGGAUAUCCAAUUGCUUUGGACGAGAGAAAGAUGAAAGAGGAAUCCAAGGCGUAGAAAUAAAAACAAAGAAAAAAAGUAUAGCAAAAAUAAGAUUGCAGGAGGAUGUUAAACUAUACAAUUGCAUAAAAAAGUUGAAAUUGAAUUUUAUUAAUCUUUAUAACUGUCUCAAGUAUGUAGGAAUUUCACUCAGUGAGGAAGUAACAGUUAAUUUGAAAAAUAAUAAGAAUGAUGAAGAAUAUAGUUAUGAUGUGUAUCUGUUCAAUGUUCUUUGUUUGUAUCCCUCCAUUUUGUAUAUUAUUAUAAAAAUAGCAAAGAAGGAGAAAUUCGAUGGAGAGACAGCAGAGAAGGAGGAGAAGUUUAGUGGAGAGACGACAGGGAUCGAGUAUGAAAUGGCACUCACAUCAAGGGGUAAUAAUAUGGACCCAGUAAAAUCCUUCAUAAAAAAAGAGUUUCGAAAUUUCUCAACCACCUUUAGCAUCUUCUUUAACGCAUUAAAUGUAAUUUAUAAAGAAAAUAAAGAGGAUGAAAGAAUAAAAAAGAUGCUUUUUUUAUCAGUAUACAAUAUCAUAUACUUGUUAAAAAAGCACAGAAUUAAUUACUAUGAUUUUGAUGAGGAAAAAGCGAAUCUUUCCAUUUUAAAUUACAUUAAUUGUGUUUUAAAUAAUAAAGAUGAGUAUAUCUUGAAAGGCAUAAAUCAUUUAUUGCUACUUUAUUUCUUAUCGAAUAAUAAAAAAAUGAUUAACGAAAAUUUCUUGAAAACAUAUUUGUCACUAAUAAAGCAAAACAAAAUUGCGCGAAAUGACGUUUUUAACUACACCAUUUCUUUGUUUAUUUUUAUUUUUGAAGGGAAAGAUGUACAAGAUUAUUUUUUUUUUUUUGUUUUCUUAUUUUUUUUUCUACUCCUGCAUGAGGUGACGUCUUCGCUUGUUGUUUACUACGACAUUCUGCACCACUUGUGUGAUCAUUUCGACAUGCGAGGGGUGGAAGCGUUAGCUGGGGAGGCAGUAUUAGAUGCAGUAGUAGAUGCAGUAGAAGCAGUAGAAGCAGUAGAAGCAGUAGAAGCGGUAGAAGCGGUAGAAGCGGUAGAAGCAGUAGAAGCAGUAGAAGCGGUAGAAGCAGUAGAAGCAGUAGAAGUGAUAGACGCAGCAGGAGAGAAGGAUGGCCAAGAGAAACAAAGCAACGGAAUGAUCCCCUCAAUUAAUAAUAUGAGACAAAAAGUGAACGGUGAAGAAAGGGGAGAAAAAACUGAAUGCACGUUUGCAGAAUCGGAUUGUUACAGGAUCCUAAGCGAAAGCAUACUGCUUAUACCCUUAGAAUGCAUACUUGUUCAGAAAAUUGGAGAAAAUCAUAAUUAUUCAUUUAAGACAACAUCCUAUGUGUAUGACAUCUUAAGCAAUAUAUAUUAUUCCCAUAAGAAGAAAUCACAUAAGAAGGAUGGAAAAGACAAAAAUAAAUUUGAAGAAUUAAAAAAAAAAAUAAUUGAACAGAAAAUUGAGGAAAAUAACUUCAUCAGUACGUACAUAAAUUUUGUCAAAAUGGCAAAAUACAUGGAAAAAAUUGUUCUUAGUUGCUUGCACUUGUUAAAUGAAUACAUCAAGGGAAUGAAGCAAAGGCUAAUGGAAUGUGAAGUAAUGAAACUCCAGAAAACACAUAAUCAAGAAACAGAUGAAGCAAUUAAGAAUGAAAAUGUAACAACGGGUAGAAGGUCCCUUUCUACGUUUGAAAAUUUCUCCAAUUUAAGGAACGAUAAAUACAACGAUGCACUUAACUUCAUUUUGAAUUUUUUAACCGAACUAAAGUGCAUAAUUUUUCCAUUAAAGUUAGAAAUCAAGAAAGACACAUCAUGCAUAAACACUAAAAUGAGCACCAAUGUUUUGAAUUCCUUUAUAUACACAUUAAAAUAUACCUUCAGGAUUGCAUGUGUUCUAGUGGAAGAAGGUAAUCAUGACAUGAUUGAAAUUUUUAAGAAGCAUUUUAAGCUUCUGGAAUUUCUCAUGACAGGGAAAGAAGUGGAAGAUGAAGAUACUGCCAAUUUGCAAGUGGAUGUAUUUUCUGUUUUUAUGAAAUUUCUAAAACAUUAUAAUUUUGAUAAUCUUCCACAGGAGCAGAAAAAAUGCGAUGAAAUUUUCUUCAACGCCAUGGAAAUUAGCUUGAACUUGCUUAUUUUUAUUUUUUCAAGAAAUGAAUCGUUAUGUUAUUCCUUUUCUCGAUCUCUCCAAGUGGUAAGAACUCGGCAUAUUACUCGUCACACACUGAAUCGUGCACCUACAGGGAACCAAGCGCAUGAAAAUGGAUUCGAUUCUGUAUGUGAGGCUGCUUUUCUUAUAACUCUUUUUUUCCAUCCUUUUUUUUUUUUUUUUUUUUUUUUUUUUUUCCAGACCUUGCUUGGAUCCUCUGUGAGCAAAGAAAACAUUUUAAAGAAGAUGAAAAUCAGCGUGCAUCUAAUUAAUUUUAUGAAAAACAGAUGCAUCAAAUUCUUUGAUUUUUCUAAAACGAUUCUAGAAAUAUAUGAUUAUUACCUCAUACAAUGUAUAUCUUUGAAUUGUAAUGACCAUGAUGAUGUGGUGAUGAAUUCAUUUUAUUCUUCCUUGCUGGAGGGAAGAGAAUGUAACUUGGGGUUGUUUGAAGAGAAGUUCUUCCUUGGUAUAUUCAGUGUGUAUAUGAGAAAAAUGGAACUAUGUCAGACCUUUCCUGAUAAGUAUUUUUCAGAUUUUUUUGUUCAGUAUGUGAUGAGAACGGGGAACGGUGGCAGUGUGGUGGAGGAGCAGCAUCAGGAACAGCAGAAGAAGGAGGAGAUGGAGAAGGAGGAGAGAGAAAGCCUGAGAGACGACCCAUUUAAGGACUUACUCACACAUUUUCUAUUUAUGAUCUACAUGAAUGUGGAGUAUGAAUAUGUUGAGACGCAUUACCAGACACUUUUCUCCUCAUUGAAAAUUGGAAUGGAAAGCAUAUUGUCAUACGUCCAAGUAAUAAGAGAUAUGUACAAAUUGUGUAAGGAUGAUGAUGAUGAAGAUGUUAGGAAAAGAACGACGUGGAUGUCUAUCGAAUCUGGUUCUGAAGAAUUUAAUGGUGAGUAUGAUGAAACCGAAAGUGAUGAUACGAAUGACAUGAUAGGAGAUGUCUACUUGAAGGUUCAGUUAAGCAUGAGAAAGAGUUUAAUAAAGCUAAUCUACAUUGGAGAAUCCAUGAGUGAAGAUUUAAAAAAGGAAUAUCAAGAGAGUUACAAAGAGAGUGGUUCCAAACGAGAAGAUGAUACUGUGCAGAUAAAUUUGUACUUAAAAAGAAAUAAUAUUUUGUGCAGGAAACAUCUUUUGAGAUUAUUGAAUUUAUAUAAAAUGUACUACAAGGUGGAAAUUUUCUCCUUUUCUGAUUUGAAGAGAUUUACACUUUUCUCUUUUGAUAUCCCUCAAAUGAAAGAAAAAUAUGUGAGGACACAAAUUGGAGAUAAUACUUCUCAAUUUAUAAAUAAAAAAAAGCGAUUUGAUGAUUUUUUUUAUUUUAUUUAUUCGAAUAUUCAAUCAGAAUUGUUGUUUCAUCAUCUUCUAACUUUAAAGAAAAAGAUUGAAUCAGAUGAAGAAAACGAAAUGGGACUUUUAAACUUGUUCUUAUAUAUUUUUAAGCAUUCACAGAAUAGAAGCGAUGGAAGAAAUAAAACAUGUACCCUUGAUAAUGUAAACAUAUCAGAUAUCGUGCUCCUUAUGAAAAAGAUGAAUGAAUUUUCCGUUUUUAACAUUUGUAAAGACAUUCUGAAAGAUCACUAUGUCAAAGAUGGUGAUUCUAUAGAUACUAUGGAACAGGAUCUCAUUCACGAGUUGUAUAAUUUUAAGACAAAAAGCUUGUUAGAUUUACAAAUUAAGUUAUUUCUCUUUGAGAAAUACCUUUUACACUUUUGUAAAGCAAGAAGCAGUAAUGAAACUUGGGUAGAUAAUUCUAUUGAUGAUGAAAAAACCAACGUGAUGAAUAAUACAACCACAGAUUCAUUCAUCGAAGUACAGCAGUAUGAAAAACAAAUACAGAAUCUGAAGUUUCGAAUUCCACAAAGUAUGCAGGACUACAUAGAUAGGAACUUCACCCUUAACAUUAAGGGAGAGAUGGAAAAUGUGAAUUUUUUUUAUCAUUUGAUAUGUACAAGUAAGGUGUAUCGAGAUUUGAAUAUGUUUAAUUAUUCUGUUGUGAAGAGAAAAGUACUUCUAGAAUUAACUACCCCUCAGUAUGUUUCAUUAGAUAAUUUUGAUGUUCUUUUCGCGUGCCUUUCUUUUAUGAAAGAUGUCAUUCCUGGAGAUUGUAGAAAUCUUGAGGAGCCAUCUACAAGAGAUAAAAGUGGAAUAUUUAAUGAAAGUACCCAGAAUGGUACACUCAAGAAUAACGUCGAUUCUGCUAAGGAAUCUUUUUACAAAUAUCUCAAUGUCGUGAAAACAUUUUACAAGAAAAUGUAUGAGGAGCAAAGUGUAAUUUAUAAACAAAGAGGUAGAAAUAUAAUGGAGAUUCUCAUUAGUAAUAAGGAUGGUAGAAAAUCAGCACCUCCAGGGGAGAGAAGCAAACAAAAGGGAGAAAAAAGUAGAGGAAGUAAAUUUAAAAAAAAAACAGAAUCCAAAUUAUUGCAUUCAAAAGUGGGAGUAGGAGUGGGAGUUCGGGUGGGGUUACAUUUUUUGAAGUAUAUACAUGAGAACUGCCAAAAGGAAGGGGCAGUAAUAUACAUGUCUAAAUUUAAAGAUAUGAAUAAUUUCACAGCAGAUUUGUUAAAGGUUAUCUAUUUCAUUAUUUCAGUUAAUUAUUAUGAUAACCGUUUAAUUGAUGACGAGGUGGUAAAUUUGGUUAUUCAAAUGACAAAUCUGUUUUUAGAAUUCGAUGUGAAAAUUAUAAAGUCGUAUGCUAAAAUAUAUUUUUUUUCUCUUCCAUCCAGUUGUAUUCAUUUUUACGAUUAUUUUAUGAAAGAUGUAUUUCGUUUAAACAAAUUAAAAUUAACUGUUCAUGGGUUCAGAAAGCUAAAAAAUAAAAUAUUAGAUGUAUAUGUUAAUACUUAUUAUUUGUAUAUUCUUUUUUCGAAUAUAGAAAAAUGCAAAAAUAAUGAUCUUUUUGUUGACAAGACAUUUUCCAUUUUGCUAAUGAAUUAUAUUUUCUUCACCGAAUUACACAACUUGAGAAGUUCAGAUAUGCACAAGUUUUCUUUAAUCAAUUCAUAUUUACACAUGAACGAAGGAGGAAAAAAUUUAUUUCUUUUAUCAGCUCUUCAUGAAUCCUUUGAUUCGCAUGAAUGCCACAUCUUAGGAUUAGAACCGUUUCGGAGGCAAGCAGAUGUAGAUGCUAAUCCAGUAGAAUCUGUUGAAUGUACGCACCAUCGAACAUAUAGCAACGAUGAGCUAGAAAAUCAUGGUGGUACCACAUCUAAAUGUUUUUCGAACCCGUGCUCCCAUAAACACCUGAAACAUACUGACCAUGUUGCAGAAUUAAAUUCAGAUACAAGCAAUGAUGUCUUCCUAAGUGAGCCAAAUGAAAAUCCUCCCGUUUCGAACUUUAUAAAUACAAAGAGUAAGGAAUUACAAAUGAGUGAAGAAAAUGAAAUGACAAAUCGAGAGAAAUUAAACAGCAGCAAAGUGAAUAGAUCCCCAACCAUGUGCCAUCUGAUGGUAAGGGAACAAUGUGAAGAUGUAGAGGAAGAGAAUGCUUAUGCAUCUUUUCAUAGCGAUUCCCAGGAGUCUCAAACUUUUAUGGGCCUCCCAAAAAACAAUUGCACAAAAAGAGGAAGACCAUCUGAGAAUUACAAAAAAAAAAAAAAUCCAUUGCAUUCGCUGAAGAACCAAUUAAGGAAUCCAUUUCUUAUGAUCGAUAUGAAGAAAAAUAUUAUUGGUUUGUAUUCAUUUCUAAUUGAAUUAAAUUAUUUGAAAAUUCUUCUGUCUAUGUUGAAUACGUGCUUAUCCCCAGAAUAUUUUAUUUAUAGCCAUGAAUUACAUGAGCAAUUUUUGGCCUUUUUGAAGAAUCACAAUUUUGGUAUGACCGAUUUUGUAAAUGAUAUUCGAAUUGUUGGAGAUAUUAUUUUGGACUAUAAAAAAAUUAAAGAGAUGGGAAGAGAUAAAUACAAUCCGAAUCGCACAUCUAAAUGGGAAGAAGAGAACAGUGCCUCCUUUUUGAAGAAACAUAAAAAUAAAUUUUAUCUAUUCCUUUUGUCUCUGCAUCUAAUUUUACGUCUUAUAACUAUAUACCCAAACGAGUGCAUUAGCAUAACGAAUGAAUCCAAAUUACACGACAUUAUUAAUUUCAAUAAGCUUCUGUUUUCAAACUUGAUAAUAAACAAUCAGCUGAAUGAAUUAAGAUGCAUAGCUAAUGACUAUGUGAACACCAACUUCCAUUAUGAUACUUUGUCCAAAACGCUUAUGUUCAAGUAUAAGAUAAAAGAAGACGACAGUGAACAGUUCGAGGACGUAACUGCCAAGUUGACUUUGACCUUCCUGCCAAAUUACCCCUUUUCCCACCUGGUCAUAAGUGACCGGAUCGAGUCCCUAGAUAAGAAAGCCUACAUCCAUAACUCCAUCAAGAGUAUGUACAAAUAUGCAAGGACUGGAAAUAUCAACGAAAUGUUUAUCAAAUUUGACAGCAUUAUGAAUGACUAUUUUGAAAACAAGUCUCAGUGUAAUAUCUGCUUUAUGAUUUUAUAUGAAACCAAGACGUGUGACAAAACCUGUUCCCAUUGCAGUACCUCUUACCACAGUUACUGCUUACACAAAUGGUUCCUGACGUCCCAUAACACCAAGUGCCCCUCUUGUCAAAUGCAAUUCACGUCAUGA